AUAAACUACAGACUAAAAUCUGUCAGACUCGCGGUCGAGUCAAGGCUUGCACACCCGGGCAAAGGAGUGAUUUGAGGGGAUUUCAGAAGUUCUGAGUUGCUGGACAGAGCCAUCAAGUGGUGAUGUCUGACAACAGUAGCAGUGCCAAUGGCAACAGCUGGACAAUUCUUACGCCAGAGGUGAAGGAGCAUGGAGUAGAAAGUGUGGGUCCAUUGGCUGAAGGUCAGGGGGGACAAGUCUGCUCAGAGCCAGCACAGCUCGAGAUGGAGCAAACAGACCUAAAAGACCACUCCCACAGAUCGGAGGUCACAGACGGGCUUGCUGAACAGAACAACGGUCCUGAUGCACCACAGGUGACGCCUCUAGAGAACAGUGAAGAUGCAGCUGUUCCACACGCUUUCCAUAUGAAGGAGCCCACCCUCGGUGCCACUCCAGUUGAGAACCUCACCUGUUUGACCUCCGACCCUGAGCAGCAAGGCGCCUCUGCUGGUCACUCUGAAAGUGAACCCUUUCUUGGCCCUGACACAGAUUCUUUCUCUGACUCGUACGCACACAUAAGCCCCCCUCCUGAGUCGACCCUGCAUCCUGCAGCAUCACUGGACAAAGAGGGGCUUUCAGAAGGGGAAGAGAGCUCCGAGCUGAGGAAGACUCUGAGAGAAGAGGCAAAGCAAGAAGUUGAAGUGUUGGAAGAGAAGGGGAACGAGGGCGAUGGAGUGAGGAGGAGAAAAGUCUCUCUGCUUACCCCUGUAGAUCACAGAGAUGAUGAUGAGGAGGAAGAGGGCGAAGAAGAACCGUUUAGGCCACCUCAAAGAGAAGAUGACGUUGGAUUCUCCCUUAACAAGUGCAUUUUUGGAGCGGUCAUUCUUCUAGGCCUGGGCACCAUUUUCUUCUCUGGUGUGUUCAUGGAUCUGGAUGAUGAGAGCGAUACUGAUGUGAAGGAGCUGAAAAAUCCAGAACUUCAAAAGGAGUGGCUAAACCUUCAGUCUUCAAGAGACACACCUGCAGGUGUCCAGCCUCCAGAAAUAUUGGAGAGACUAGCAGAGAAAAGCCAGAAAAUUGCUGUCUUACAGGCUCAACUUCAGGAACAAGAAGGGGAACUAAAAGCGGCUCAACUGCAAGUGGAGGAAGGCAACAAGGAGCGAAUGAAGAGGGAGGAGUUGGAGGUGGAGAACCAGAGAAUGAAAGGAGAGCUGGAUAAGCUGCCUGCUCUUCAGAAGGAGCUAGAGCAAGAGAGCGAAAGGGUGAAGAAAGAGGGCGAAAAUGCACAGAAAGAUCGGGAGGCUCUUCCAGCCAUGCAGAAAGAGCUGGAGCUUCUACGAGCUAAAGUUACAGAGCUCGCUCAUACCACAGACAGUGCUCAAGCUGUGACCCCUCUAUCUGCCUCUACAUCGCCCUCUGCUGGACACAAAAAAGAAUUACCAGCCAUCCAGGGAAGAACGGCGCUGAAGGAUAAGAAAUCACAGGAUGAAGUGAAAGAACAGAUGAAAGAAUGGAGGGAUGGGAAGGAAAAGAAAAAAGAUAAAAGUGUAAAGGAAGGAAAGCAGGGAAAGACAAAGGAUGAGAAAAAGGACCUGAAAAAACUAAAGGUCAGUCAAGAUGAAAGCAAGGAAUGGAGAGGCAAAGGAGAAAGGAAAGAGUGGAAAGGUGAGAAAGAAGGGAAAAGGGGGAAAAAGCAAGAAGAUGGCAAAAGAUGGAAAGACGGGGAAGAAAAUCAACAGUCCAAAGAAGAUGGGAAAAGGGAAAGGAAGGAAAAUGGCAAACAAUGGAAAGAUGGGCAAGAAAAAGAGUUUAAAGAAGAUGGGAAAAGGGAACGGAAGAAAAGUGGCAAAAAAUGGAAAGAUGGAGAAGAAAAUGGCGAGUUUAAAAAAGAUGGGAAAAGAGAAAAAAAGGAAAGUGGGAAAAGAUGGAAAGACGGGGAAGAAAAUGGCGAGUUUAAAAAAGAUGGGAAAAGAGAAAAAAAGGAAAGUGGGAAAAGAUGGAAAGACGGGGAAGAAAAUGGCGAGUUUAAAAAAGAUGGGAAAAGAGAAAAAAAGGAAAAUGGCAAAAGAUGGAAAGAUGGGGAAGAAAAUAGUGAGUUUAAAAAAGAUGGGAAAAGGGAAAGGAAGGAAAAUGGACAAAGGUGGAAAGAUGGUGAGGUAAAGAGAGAGCUAAAAGAAGAAAGUGGGAAAAUGGACUGGGAGGAAGAUAAAAAGUGGAAAAAGGAGAAGCACUGGCAGCUGGAUGGUGGAAGGUGGGAGACAAAAGAACGGAAGCAUUUGGGAGACCAGGUGAAGGGAGACAAGGAAUGGACAGAUGAGAAAGAAUGGAAAAAUAUUAGGCAGGUUGGUUCAAAUGACAAGAAAGAAUGGAAGGACAGAAAUGAGAGGAAGAAAGACUGGAAAGGGAGAGAUAAGUGGGAAGAAGAAAAAGAGAGAGAAGAUCCAAGAGGUGAAGGAAAAGCCCAGAAGGAGAGCGGAUGGAAAGGACAGAAAGAUGAUCACAAAUGGAAUGGUGGAAAGAAAGAGAGGAAGGAGCAUGAGGACAAGCAUUGGAGUGGGAAAGGGAGAGAGUGGCCUAAAGAUGGAGAAAGAGCAGAGGGGUGGAAGGAGGAGAAAAAACAUAAAGGCGACUAUCAGAAAAAUGGGGAAAAGUGGAACAAGAAGGAGAAAUCGAGGCAUGGUUCAUCGGAAAAAGCGCCCCAUCGUUUGUAUAGUGGCAGUAAGCAAAGCAAAGACCACGUGCAUGGCGACUACUGGGCUGAACAGAGAGAAAGGAUACGCCAUUUCCACGGGUCUAAGGAAGAAUGCAGCGGGGUAACAGACUGUGCCCAUGCAGAGGGGCUAACACCUGUUGGUCAGCAGGAUUUUGAGGCUUUACUUUUGGUCUACUUGACCAAGUUGAUCGCGCCGGAGGAGCGAGCUUCUAAAAAAGAGGAACUGAAUAAGCUCCUUGGUGAGUUCUUCACCAAUGGAGUCUUUGUUCACGACCAGAUACCGUUCAGCGAGUUUGUGGAGGACGUGGCAGAGAUUUUGGAAGACAUGGCGGAAGGAGAGGAGGAUGAGGAGCUGGAGGACGAGAUGGAGGGAUUCGCAAGUGAGGCGAUGGAGAAAUUUACACUUCCAGACAGAGGAGGGACUGAAGAGAAGAGGAAGGAGAGUGGAAGAAAGAGAGCUUCUGGCUGAAGGAAGUACUAGAAGUAUAAUGGAGAUGUUGGUAUAUAGAGGUAAUGAGAAGUGUGUUGUGUACAUUUCUGGAGGCUAUUUCAAAAGGCAGGAUUUCUCAAUUAGCUAAUGUUCGCGGUACGUAAGCUAAGGAUCAGCUGAGCUGCAGUGUAAAACCUAAAGAAAUCCGCCAACACCAAACAUCUCUUGGCUGAUCUGUAGGUGGACAAAUGUAUAAAAUUGAAUUGCGCUUUAGUCUGAAAGUGAGGGCUUUCCAAGACGGUUGUUCUUUAGUAUGCUUAAGUUAUCCUGCUAACUAACUAAUCCUGCUUUGUGAAAUACCUCUUGAAGCAUAAGGAGAAUCUGCUGUUGUAUGAGGAAACCACACCUUUCACCUUUUCACUGUUGGAAAAACAUUUCACUGCUGUAGAUAUGAGCCAUUCUUGAUGAUUUUGAUAAUACAUUUAAAACUCUCUUCAGGUCGGUCUUUUAAUGCUGCGCAGUUCUUUAGGGCUGGCCCGGACAGCAUUUUACAGGUUUCAGAUAUUCAUUUGUUUUUCCAAACGAGCACUCAAAUACACAUUCUCAGAACAAUAUUUGCGUUUCUUAAUUCCAAUUUUUGUUAAUUGUUCAUUACUGCAAUUCCAAAUAUAACCAGUAGGUGGCUACGAUGAAUUAACAGCGUAUUGAUGCAAUACAGUGUAACAUAUAAAAAAACGACGCUGGAUGCUUUAGAUGCUAAAGUAACUUUUUAACAAGCAUCUGAAAUGUUUAUGAGAACAAAUCUGAUAUUUAAAAUCUAUAAUAAUAAGGAGCCAGCAAACUGCAAAUUGUUGUUUCAUGUCUAUUUCUGCAGGCCAGAAAUUGGCUUCUUACUCAGCAGCUUCUUAUUGGGCUUCUUAGAGCAGCAGAUACAUUUUGGCUCCUGUACAGGUGCCUGAAUGCAACUGCUGCAUCAUUUAAGGUGGAAUGGAAAAUUCAAACACGCCCUUUUCAGCUUUGUUGAACUUCUCGUCACUUGUCUUGGAUGUGUUUCCCAAACACUUGCCCUUCAGAACACGAGACACUGCUAUUUAUUCGUUAUUUGGAAAACAUCACCAUUGUUCAUGCUUCAGUACGAGCUGACUGAGUCAGGCGGCUUCUUGUAGGCGGUACGAGAGAAAGUGCAGCAGUCGCUCUGGUGUUUGCAUGAGGCUAAGGCUAACCCCAAAAGAUUGGCCAUUCCUUCAUGUUCCCUACCUUGAAAAUAAAUUUGACUACUUCAGAUGCGACGGGGUAGACAGCAGAAACAACUGAAACUGUGUAGAACGUCCCUUGCUUUCAGCUAAAUGGGCUAACGUUUGUGUGGUUUGCACUGCUUACACGUCACGUUAUCUGCGGCAUACCGGCACUCAUUCGUCAUACCUGAGGUAGAAUGAAUCAUGUACUGCCCACUUCUGUACUAGUCUUGGCUGAUUUUAAAUGUGUAGUUUAGGCUACAGUUUUUGAGGGUUAAAGAGAGCUAAAUAUUAAAAGGGGUCGAAUACCAACAUAAUGAACGCACACAUGAGUGUUCACAUUAUUCGGGCCAGCCCUACAGUUCAUAACUAAUUUGUAGACUGUUGUAGACUCGACACAAGAUUUAGUGCAGCAAUAUUUAUAUGUGUAGUUUUGAAAACGAUACUGUUGCGUUUUGUUGUUAUCGAUUAAAAGGCACCGUAGUCUGCUUGCUAAACACCUGACUCUCCACCAAUCUGUAUAUUAUUGCUGUGUUGCUGCAGAAACCUCUUAAAUUGGAUCUUUUUUUUUAGUUUUUACAUUGGGAAGAUCUAAUGGUUUAAACCACUAUAAUACAAGUAAUUUAUCCAUUGGACAGUGGGCAAGGAAGUCCCCUCUCAGUGCUCUUCUCUUGCUAUUUUUGGAUAUACUGGUCUUUGUUACAGACAAAAGUUAAAAACAGUUACUAAAAUGAUGCUACUUGAAACCUUUUUUGCUAACAAAAUAGUUUUUGUGUAUUAGUAUGAAAAACUAUGAAAUUACUUUUUGAAAUAAGUACAAUUCAAAUGAAGACUUUGUUUUGAAGACUGAAGAGGUCAUGUAUGUAAUUCUUGUGUUAGCUUUAUGUUAAGCAGCACAGUUAAGACUUCCUCCUACAUGUACUAUAGUUCCUGCUAUGGUCUACUGCUCUAAUUUUGAGGUUUGUGUUUUUGAUAUUUAUUAAAAUUUCUUAAUCUUAUAUUGUUUAGGCUUUAAGAGGCAGAAUUAGUAUCCUUGCACCCAGUCAGAUCAGACUUGCUCUGUUAGCAAGUUUUAGCUUUUUUUUUUUUUUUUUUUUUGUGAGUUGUUCACAGCAGUCUUCU